UUGCCGCCGUCCCCUUCGCGCGUUGGUGCUCUCCUGCUCUAGGUUAGCCAGUGAAUCAUCUUCAACGACCCCCUCCUCCGGGAUCCGGGCAGAAGACUCUUAAGGGGGCUCACGGCGCGGCGCGAGGCCAGUCCGAGAACGCGACCCUAACACUAACAUCCGGUGUAUUCUAAGAGAGAGAAAGAGAGAGAGAGAGAGAGGGAGAGGGAGACGAGAAUCGGAAACGACUGACUGCUUGAUCGCCAGUACAAUCGGCACGCCAACAUGAAGAUCGUCCUGUUGCUCUUCGUCGUCGCGGCCUUCGCCUCAGCCCAGAGAAUCACAACGAUUCAGCUGGAUGGCAUACAGUAUUUCGUCUCGCGGAUGAAUCCCUACAGUCCGGAACUCAAUUAUUUCCUGGCGUAUCAGUAUUGCCGUUCGCUGGGUCUUCAAUUGGCGUCCUUCGAAACGAAGGAGAAGGCCGAUACGAUGACGCAAUAUCUGAAAAAUGCCGGUUAUACGAAAUACGACUUUUGGACCUCCGGCAACAAAUUGGGCACCGACAUGUUUUUGUGGAUGAGCACGGGAUUGCCGUUCAACGUUACUUUCGAUUACAUGCUGAAGCGACCUGGCAACAGAGCUGUCGAUGUGCCACCCGGCACCGAACCUCAGAGAGUGGCACGUGAAAGUGGCGACAGCGGCAGCGCGGACGGAUGCGUUGCGAUGGCUGCACCUACGUUAGCUUGGGAGGCGCAGGACUGCACCCUCGUGAAGGACUUUAUCUGCGAGCAAACAAGAUGUUACUACUACAACUACGGCAGCAUUCCAGUCUCCGCGACUCAGGGGUAAGAGAAAUCACAGGCCCUACAUUACGACCACCUCGGCGCCAGCCAGCGACGACCAAACGAGUGAUCGCGAAGACAGUACCUACGUCGACGAUAACCAUCCGGGUACCGACGACCAGGACGAGCAGACGACACCACCGGAAG